AUGAUUGAACGUCGUCGUCUCCCUUCUGCUACCUACCACUCUGCCGAUGAGGCUUGGUCUCGCGAUUUUUUCGCUGAACAACCCAUCUGUGUCCAUCCCAAGCAACACGAUGCUGCUCACGUUGCUCGUAAAGUUGCGUCUCAGCAGAUCACUGGAGCUCCAUUCUUUGUAAUGGAUGUUCCUUCAGUUCUACGCUCCGUAGACGAUUGGAUGGCAACACUUCCCCGAUUUUCACCUCAUUAUGCAUUGAGAUGUAACGCUGAUCCUGUACUAGCCCAACUGCUCGCAGAUCAACGUGAUAUGGGUUUUGAAGUCACCAAUGUUUAUGAGCUCCAACUGGCUUUGGAGUUGGUAAACCCAUCCAGGAUAGUAUUUACUAAUCCCCUAUGGACCAGAAAAACAAUGCGAAUUGCUGGUGAAGCAAAUGUCGGUACUGUAGUUAUCAGUCGUGAGAAGGAGCUUUUAGAUGCCGUUUCAUACACCCCUGAUUCAAACAUACUCAUAGCCGUUUCACUCGGUUGCCCCAUCCGCGGAGAGUCUGUAGCCACCACAUCUGGCUGUUCUUCCGAUGAGGCUGAACAGCUCAUCAUUUCUGCUUUUGAGCUGAAAGCUAAAGUUAGAGGGUUCAGCUUUAACAUUGACAAUAGUGAUCCUUCGAUAUACUAUAAAGCUCUGAAAGAAGUUAGGAGACUUUUUGAUUAUGCUGUGUCUUGCGGAUUAUCCCCUAAUACUGUUUCAGUAGGAGGAGGUUUCCGUUGCCCACGUGGUGAUGAUAAACUUCGUUUCUUUGAGGUUUGCGACUCUUUGAGUGGAGCAGUCGAGGAAAUGUUUCCAAGUGAAUUGUUCCCCUCGUUGAGAUUAAUAGCUUCACCUGGCCGAUUUUUCGCAACAUCCGCUUUUUCCCUCUGCACAAAUGUUGUGGCAAAAAAACCCGUGGAUAUCAAUAUGCCUGAAUUAAAGAAUAACGAUUCAGUAAACAGCGUUGCGUUUGUUUAUCAAACCAAUGAUGGAAUUUAUGGAUCGUUUAGUUGCCGUUUGGCUGAUUGUGACCCAAAAUGCCGUCCUUUAAACGAAAAAGAAAACGAUGGUUCUUAUCAUCUCGGAACCGUCAUCGGACCAUCCCUUGAAACUAUUGAUAUAGCUCAAAGAUGGUUCUGUGGUCGACAGUUAUCUGUUGGAGAAUGGCUAUUAUGGGAAAACAUGGGAGCCUACUCAAUGCCACUUGAUCCUGAUUAUCAGGCGCCUCCAGUUUAUUAUUAUUCUGGGAAAGAUAAUUGGGACUACAUCCUUGGUAAAGGACGAUCAAAGCAAUCUGCCUCAUUUAUGAAUGAGUCUGACAACAACUCAGAUUUUGCCAGUGAUGUUGAGAGCAUAUCCUCUGAUGAGGAAUAUGAUUUAAUCACUCGAUUUGACAGUUUCUUCGAUUAA